AUGUCGCGCCCGCAGGUCAGCAUCGACCGGUUGACACCGCGCCGGGCGACGGUUGAACCGCGUGAGGCGAUGAAUUGCAAGUCCUGUCGCAAACGCAAGAUCAAAUGCAAUCGACUUCGGCCCAGCUGUGAGGCCUGCAAGGUCUUCCAGUGUCCCUGCAUCUAUGAUGCAAUUCCAAAGAAGCGCGGACCCAAAACCGACGUUCUCGAGGCGCUGCUCAAACGCGUCGAUGGGUUAGAGAAAAGACUUCAAGAUGAAAAGAAUCCCAUCUCCCCCACAUCCCCAGACCAGCAACAAUCGGACGAGGGAGUCCCGCCUGCGCCCGUAGCGUCCACGAGUAGCUCUCGUCGCAAGACGAUCGAUGUCUCCUCGUAUACGAUUCAUCCUGCGCCCGAGUCGCGGCCGCGUCUGCCGUCCAGUCUGUCGCAGGGCGCCGAGACGUUCCCCCGAGUGAUCGGGCAGAGCCCCUCCACGGGUGCUUCGGCACCGUCGCCGUCGUCGCAGCAUAAUCCGCUUUCCGAUGUUCUACUGGAUGCGUAUUUUGCGCGACUGCAUGGGAAGCCUUUUCACAUUCUCGACGAGGCCGAGACUCGCCAGCGCCAUCAAAUGAAUCAGUUGCCCAUGCACAUGGCCAAGGCGAUCUCGGCAAUGACGAUCAGGUACACAUUUGUUGGGCAACCGGACCAAUCGCACUCAUUGCGGAUGGGUCUGGAUGCUGCCGUGCAAGCGCGGCGGAUGAUCGAUGUGGACGAUCCCACAAUUGAUGCCUUGCAAUCUUUGCUACUGCUUUCCCAAGCGUUCUUUGCCUACGGGAUGGGGAAAAAGGCGUACAUGACAUUCUCCAAUUGUGCGGCCAUGGCGGUGGCGCUGGAUCUCCUGCACGAAAUUCCAUCCAAAGCCAACGUAUCUGCCUCCGAGCGAGAGACCCGGCGUCGACUCUUUUGGUCAGUGUACUUGAUGGAUCGUUUCAUCACCUGCGGUUCCAAGCGGCCCUGCCUGAUUGCAGAUCACUCCAUUGUUCUACGACUUCCCUCCUGGUCGCCCCAUGCAGCUGGUCUCAGUAUCGAGGGCGAGCUGUUCCACGUCGGCCCCAAUAUUCAAUACUCGGCCGACUCACGUCGCAAGACGCCGAGUGCGGCAUCACUUCUGAUUGAUAUCACGCGGAUUCUGGGCGUCACGAAUCGCUACUUAGCCGCUGGUGGUGUCAAGGGGGACUCGCAUUUCCCCUGGCACGCGCUCUCCAAUCUGUCUAAAAUUCGCCAAGAGCUAGAUAUCUGGGCGGCGGGUACCCAGGAUGUCUUUUCUUCCAUCGAAGCCUUGUUUGGGCACCCGGAAAGCACAACCCUCUUGCUGAGUAAACUUAUCUACCAUCUGGUCCAUUGUCUGAUCUACCGUCCAUUCCUGCCGAUUGACCUGGUGGAGUUGCGAGGGACCGGCCAGCAUCAGUCCUGGCAAAUCGAAGCCACCAAUCUCUGCUUCUCGCACUCCAAUGCCAUUGCGGAACUGGUUGAGCUGGGUCGAAAUGCUCCUUUAAUUGAAUGGCCCGCCUUGGUCGGGUAUUGUGUCUGCACAGCGGGGACGGUCCACGUGCACGGUGUGCAUUAUAAGGGGCGCGAGGGUGAAGUGUUCUCGUCAAGUGCUGAAUUUCUAGCCCGGGAGAUGCACCAGCUGGCCUGGUUGCGGAGUGCCUGGGCGGGCGUACAGCAUCAGCGGGAGCUGCUCCAAACCAUCUACACCUGUCACACUGAACUGGUGCAAAAUCUGGCGAGUAGCUCCAUGCGUUUUUCGCCCGUUUUUCACCUCGAGGAUUUCCUCGAUCGAUAUCCUGGUCUCAACGUAGAUGGUGCACACGUGCGCUUGGUAGAUACCGGGGACGAGCUGAUUAGCAGUCCUCCAGCCUUUGUCGAUCAACAAGCGCAGUCGCACAUCUACCGGUCCAUGGCGCCACCGGCAUCCUAUCAAGCACAAACCGCAUUCUACGGUAACAACCUUCGAUCAACGCCGCCUCUACUUCCAUCAUCGCAUACGUCUGAAUCCUCCCGGCGCCGCAAUAACUCUCACUCUCACGCUCCACCUCAACCACAUCAUUCUGAAAAACAAGCUCCGCCUCCUUCGCUCUCUCCUUCUCUCCACUUCCACCGUGCUCAGCAGUCUCAGCCCUCGCCGGGGCUCUCCUCCAUUUUCCAUAUGCAAUCCACCUCCGGCUCUCUUUCCCACCCCAACGGCCACUCCGUUCAUGACCCCACGCAACACCUUGCCCUGCCUCACGCCUUUUCUCCCAGCGCUUUCGGUCUCUCUCCACCCGCUCUCCUAGCAGACCCGUCUCUCGGCAUCGCCCCCACGCCCCCUUCCCAUCCUCAAUAUGCGACCUUCCCCUUUGACGCCAAUAUGACCCAAUCUGGUGCGGCCUUGACUCCCGGUGCGCAAUCGCAGACGAGCGGGACUCACACAGCGAGCAGUGAAACGGGCAAUUUAGAAAAAGACCCGUUCCUGAGUCUCUUGGAGCAGCUGGCGGAGAAUGAGCAUUCGCAGGGAGGUCCGAGUGAAUUGGACUUCUUCUUGACCGGGGCCAUGGAUACCGCGGCCGAGGGAGAGGUAAAUAAUGUUCAGGGCAAUGGGAGGAAUUCGGGGAAGGCCACAAAUGAUCCAUAA